AAAAAGAGUAAAGGGCCGUUGCUGUUGCUUCACCCUCUAUCCUACCCAGUUUCCCAAACACCAUCAUUUUGUUCACCACCUUCGUGUAUAACAUUUCCAGACUACGAAAACAACAACAAGAAACUUUAUUUACUUCCGUUUAAUUUUACAAAUUCUUUACGUUGUUCACCUCCUACUGUAAAAUCGCUUUCAUAUCUAGUAGAUUUUAUAUUAACAGAGUUAGAAUACUUGUACCCAUUAAUACAACCUGAAGAGGAAGAUUUAAUCUACGAAAAAUCAUCAUCAGAAAUGAGCGAAACAGAUUCCCAUCAAAUUCAAUAUGAUCACGAAAUUGUUAAGAAAUUUGUUGCCGAGUUAAAUGAAACUCUCAACAGAAAACAAAACAAGACUAGUGGUGUAGAUGAAAAGGCCUAUGAAAAGUUAUGGAAUCAACUUACAAAUCCGAACUUGGCCACUGUAUACUUGACUGUACUUUUAGGUAAACUUCUCAUCUUGGAAGAGAAGGCAUUAAAAUUAAAACAAGAAUUGAACGAAAACUCUGAAAAUGAUAAAUAUGUGGAUGAUAAGGAAAGUUCUCUGCAAGAGGUUAUUGAUUAUCUUAAAUUGGGAUCACAAAAGUAUGAUGCCCAUCACCCUUUACUUGCCAAGAGAAAGGAAGUCAAGAAUAGACAUUUAGUUGUUCAAGUUGAUGAAAGGAUUUCAGAAUUUGUUAAUGCCUACUAUGACAUGGCUAAACCAGGAGAUUCUACAAGCACAGCAAACACAAUAAGUGCUGAUGUUUUAACAGAUGAUGACUUGGAAUUAUCUGACAUUAUUUCUUCAUUGCAAGAAAACAAAUACUUCUCUUUCAACACUAGUCUUUUUGCUGAUGGUGAUCUUUUCUCAAAGAGCCAAUUAUACGAAAGAUCAGCAAUUAUGCAAUCCUUGAUUUUUAUUUCAUCAUUCUAUAGAUUCGAUUUCCAAAAUGCUUCCCUGAUGUCUGUCCUUCAAUUGUGGAAAAAUUUACGUUUCCAAACUCACAAUGAUUCUGCUGGUGAUGAAAUUUGUGAAUCUCUCUGUCCACCCGUUGAUGCUCUCUACAAGUAUAUGCACGUAUGUGUCGAUUAUGAUGUUGUGAAAGAAAGUGAUUACUCAUUGAGACCAUCUUUGAGUUUACAUGAUCCAUUGAUUUGCAUUGGUGCUAUUGUUUACGAAAGACUCAAGACUGUUGUCUCACAUUUACCAAAGUAUACAGAAAAUGUUCUCAAUGAUCUCAUGACAUUAGUAAUUUCAACAUGUUCUAAUAAGUCUAUGGUCUCUGAAAGUUAUGAUUCUGUUGCUUUGAAGAAUGUUUUCAAUUUUAUGAAGCUUUUAUUACCACAAUUAGUAAUUUCAAGAAAGAGUAAGAAAUUACCAGAAUUAAUGACCUUACUGCAAAGAUUCUUUUUGGAACCACUUCCUGUUGGUGGUUUGUGUCACAAUACUUUGGCAAUGUGUCUCAAAGAACAAAAUUCACCUGGUAUUUUAAUGAGAGAAAGAUUUGAAAGAAGUGUAAAGAGAGUCACAGACAGCAAAGGAAAAAGUAUCAUGAAAAGAAGAAAAGUUUUUCUUCUUUUCAAUGGAUUCUCAAAUUAUGCCGAUCAUUUAAUUGAACGUGUGGACUUGACCAAUAACUUUGCUGAAGAUGAAAUUGUUCAGUGUAGAGCUAACCUCGUUUUGAACAUUUAUGAAGAAUCGGCCAACUCUGAUGUUAAAAAGAUGACCAAGGAAUUGUCAGAUUUAUCUGCCAGUGCUAUUUCUGAAUUCUAUGAUGCUGUCUGUGAUACUUCUUCUGAUGAUAACAAACUUUUGCAAAUUGCUAAACAAAUUCAAUCAUUCAAGCCAACUGGAGAAAUUUUCAAGCUUGUCAGAAAUCAAGCACCUAAAUUACCUGAUGUUGAUAUUGAGUUUAUUCAAAUGCCAGAAGAAGAUGAACUUACAAACUUGCAAUUGGAAAAGAAGUCUUAUCCAAAAUCAUGUUAUUAUGAAACUUUGAAAACUUUGAUUACCGCUGCUCGUACAGAAGCUGCUGAAAGUGGAGGAUCAUUCCAAAUUGAUAUUGCUCUUGCUGGUGGCAGUGGAACUUUGCAACGUUUUGUUCAAUCUCUUGAACUUGCUUACAAGAAUAGUAUUAUCAAGAAUUUACCAAGCGAAGAGCUUAGAGUUUAUUUGUUACCACUUGGUACUAACAAUUAUCUUUCAAGUUGGUUGGAAAAGUAUGACGGUUGGUUCUCAAGACAUGUUCAUUACCCACUCCUUAGUAAGGUACCAAUUUUGCCACAUAUGACAUCUUUUAACAAGACAAUAGGAAAUGAAUUUGAUGAUAAGAGAUCUGGUAGAUCAUAUUUGGCUUCAAGGGGCUCCUCACUCUUUGUUCCUCAAAUGAAAUUGAAUAAGAGAGAAAUGGUUAAGCUAGCCGAUUACAAACCAAACAAGAAAAUUAGAACUCCACACAAAUUCUUGAGAAGUUUGUUGAAUGACUACUUUAUUGAUGGACAUCGUUCAUAUCCUGUUCAUAUUUAUCCUACUCUCUGUUUAACAUAUGACAGCUCAAACAAUACUAGGCAAAAAUCAACAAAGAGUUUACUUGCUCUAUCAUUCUGUCAACGUUUGGACAUUGGUAUUUUGGCCGAAGCUCAUGCCUAUCAACGUGAAAAUAAGAUUGAAGCCACCAAUAUUGAAGAAAUUUUGGAAAACAAACAAUUCAAAUUUACAGGAAUUCCACUCAAUGUCAAUUAUGUUCCUAUGGAUCCUACAGGAGAAGAAAAUCGUUCAUCUGAAAUCAAUGAAGGAACAAAGACUUACAAUUCCAUUUCUAUUCAAUCAUGCAGCUUAUUUGGAGAUAGAGGUUCAUUUGUUGCACCAAGUCAACCAUGGCUCGAAGUGUUUGCCGAAGAAACUGGCAGCAAGAAGAAGAAGAAGAUGAGAGAUGGUGAUGCUGGUCUCAAUUAUCAUGUUGCUACAAUAACUGUCGAAAGUCAAAGCUUACCAUUCUCUAUUCUAAUGGAUGGUGAACUCCAAGGUCCAUAUCACAAGAUUAUUAUUAAUGCUUCCAAGAAUACCUUUAAAUUACAAACCUUCUCCGAUAUUGAUAUUUAUUAAAUAAAUGUAUUGGUAACAACAAUUUGUAUUUGUAAGAUC